CCGCGUCGGACGGACAAGCCAAAUGAAUCCAGUUUACUUGUUAUACCCCAGUCAUUCGCUUGUGUGUUUUGUCAGUCAUGUACCAAUUUUUUUCGGUAGUGAUGUAAAACAAAAGAGAAUAUUUCGUGUGUGUUUGAAAAUAGUACGAGGAGGACUAAACAAUAUGUGUUAAGUGGAUUUUGUUAUUUUAGUGGAUUUUUCCAGUUAAAGCGAGAGCAAGAUGGGGUGGACAUUGCUGAUACAUCUGAUUUUCGGGAUCGUCGUCCCAAUCCUAGCGGAAAUCGAAAUGGAAUUCACAAAGUAUCCGGAAUCGGUGACAGCACCAGUCGGCGAUGAAGUCACGUUCGAGUGUGCUGUAAGAGUACCUGGGGAGCGCUUAGCCUGGAGGUGGCGACCUGACAAUGACUUAUGGACAGAUUGGAAUAAUGUUUCUGGAACCAAUGACAAGGACAGCGUAUCUACACGUCUCGUCGUGCAGAUUAAAGAGGACACGCCCACUGCUUUGUAUCAGUGCAUAGUAUGGUAUGGAUCAAUCAUUUUAGUGUCAAUUCCUGCACGACUUUCAAUUGCAAAGAUUGAUCUUCGCAAGAAUACUCAAGAGAGGCGAGUUAUAACUGCUCCUCUCCACAACACAGUAGUUUUGCAUUGCAAGGAACCACUCUCUGAACCUCCAGCAAGAUUGAGUUGGUGGAAGGAAACAUCAGCGGGUGCGAGAAAGUCUAUAGAAACUCCUAAUGGUGUUCUUGUUAUAAAUAACGCUACUAUAGAGGAUAGUGGAACGUACGGAUGUAUGGCUACUAAUGACAUCAGCGAUCAAACCGUUGAUUUACCUGAAAGGACUUACCUGAAAGUGCAACACGAAGGGCAUGAUGGACUUCGAUUUCUCGAGUCACCAGAAUAUGUAGGUACAGUGGAUAAAGAAGGUGUGCUCACUGUACCAGUUGCACCAGACGAUUCGAUGAGAUUGUGGUGCGGACUCGUGGGAACGCCACCACCUCGGAUCGAGUGGAGUAAAGGCACUGAUAUUAUUUCCGGACAUUUGCAAAGUUUAGACGUGGAACAGUUUAGUAAUGAACACGAGGGCAUCUACUCCUGCUCCGCGAACGGUAUUCGCCGACUAUGGAAAGUUAUAGCUCUUCAACCGCCGCACUGGGAGGGCGCCGCUGGCAGCGCGAAUGCCAGUGAGGGCUCUGAAGCGCGAAUCACAUGCGGAAUCCCACACGGACAACCGGCGCCCACUGUUCAUUGGGUCCUAAACGCUGAGUUGAUUAAAACUGGGAAAGAUAUUAAAGCAACAGAGUCCGAGCUGGUGAUCCAGCGCGCGGAGAAGCGCCACGCGGGCAUCGUGCAGUGCUUCGCGUGCAACGCGCUCGGCUGCGCGUACGACGCCGCGCUGCUCACCGUCGUGCCCGUGCAGAUCUCCGACCAGGAUUACUCAGCGGAGACCCCGAAGACGAUGCACAUACCUCCCCAACCGCCGAAGAGACAUAAUAGAAAAAAUCCAAGAAAACACAAAGCGGUUCUGAUCCCUCCUUCUCGACCUAACGUAACCCGUCUGUCCGAUGAAAGUGUAAUGGUAUCUUGGUCGCACGACAACCACGGUCUUCCGAUACAGUUCUACAAAGUUCAGUAUAGAGAAGUGACAAAUUCUUCAAACAUCCAGUGGCACACCGAAAACAAUGAUAUUCCUGCUCACAUACACUCUUUUGAGAUUGAUGGGUUGACUCCAGAUAAAUAUUACAAGUUCCGUAUAGCGGCAGUGUAUUCAAACCAAGACAACAAACUUGGCAGGAGCAGUGGCAAGUUCUAUUUACAACGUGGCGGUUUUCAGAGCCCGAGGGCUCCGGUCCUCGAUAAAGCUAUUGCACUGUCACCCCACAGUAUACAGAUAAAUUGGACGUGGGCGGCGCACGGGCAGGGCGUGCAGGCGGAGGGCUUCUACGUGUACUACCGCGCCGUGUCGUCGGCCGGCGCGUACGAGAAGGUGACGGCGCGCGGCGCGGCGCGCGGCCUGCAGCUCGCGCACCUGGCGCCCGACACCGCCUACGAGCUCAAGCUGCAGGCCUACUCGGCGCAGGCGCCCUCCGACUUCAGCGCCAUCCUGAUCGCGAAGACGCAGCGCGCCGCGGGCGCGGCGAGCAGCAGCACGGAGGCGGCGCCCAAGGAGGAGGAGCGCGGGCCGCCGGCGCUCGUGACGGCGGGCGGCGCGGCGGGCGUGGCGGCGCUGCUGCUGCUGCUCGCCGUCACGCUGCUGCUGUGCCGCCGCGCGCGCCGCCCCGCGCCCAAAGAGAAAGGCUCGCCGGAGGGCGGUGCUAACGGCUACCUUCCAGCGAAAGUGCCCAUCACCAUUACAGCUAACCCUAUGCAUGGAGAGGGCGGUGAUGGUGGAGUAGAAAUGUCGUUUCUUCAUAACAACAAUUGCGGCAACACAACUAGUAGCGACGAUACUCUACCACAUCCAAGGAAAAACGGACCCUCAACAAGACAGUAUGUGUAAAUCAAGCUCAAUUAAAAGUGGACUAUAAAUAUUACAAAAAGAACUGGCAAUAAAUUGACAGUUGCUAGUUUAAUAAUUCUACCAUUUUUGGUAGUUUUACAAUGAUAUCUUCAAAAUUCAAUUGUGAUAACGAUCGCGUAAAGUGCGUGGACUCUUGAGAGUACAAAAAUAUAUUUAUUGCUUCUUUAGUGUAUGUUUUACGUGAGAUGUGUGGAUUCGGUGUUUUGGCAUUUAUUUGCUUUUAUUAGAUUUUAGUGAAUACUUAGAAUUAAUUAUAAUUAGGUUGUUUAGAAUCGAGCGAUUGACUAAUGAAAAUGAAUUGCGUCGAAAUUACUGUAUUAAUUUUAAAUCGUGAGUGGCCUUAUCAUCGAACGAAUAAAAAUUAUCCUUACUAGUAUUU